AUGUCUCCCUACUUUACAUCACUCAGCAAGUCACCCCAAAAAGCACCGGAAGAGACUACGUGGGCCGCCAGCACUCCCCCUGUCACUUCUACCCGUCGGCUCAAUGAUGCAGAUUCCAGAAUCAACGUCGUAUUUGAUCUUUUCAAAGCAGGAAAUCUUGAAACAGCUCAAAUCAUGGCCGAAGAGCUCUUGCUCCGCCAACCUGACCUCACAGUGUACCACCGCGCUCCUCUCCACUCAAUGCUUGGCUUGUACCCCUACGGUGUCGGCCAUGCAGAAAAGGCAUCUCAGAUCUACCGAGAAUUGUCCCUGAUCCAACCUGAGUUCAAAGAGGCAUACCAAAAUGCCCGGGUAGCGUUUACCAUCGCAACCAAAGUCGAAGCCCUAUGGGAAGCUCAUGAGAUGAAGAUGCUGAAGCGCAAGACUCAUACCAGAGAGCAGAUUCGACACGAUCGUUAUCAACUGUUCUACUACAGUGCCUUUGAGCAUACCCGCAAGGAUAAAAUCAAGGACUUCCUCGAAGCUACCGCACAACCAGCUACGGAUACCGCACAGCCAGCUUCCGAUCCUGUCUCACAGGUAUUGCCCGACCAUAUAUGGCAGCCAUUGUUAAAUCCUGCCUCAAAGCCAUCGUCCGAGCCUGUAUCUCCGCCUACUACUCCUGAAUCUAAAGAGAAGUCUGAUGGUGAUACAAUGGAACAAAGGAAGGACCGUCUGAAGAAAUCUGAAAUCACGGAAAAGAAAACGGCCAGGUCAUCCAAAAGCCGUCGUGUGGUAUCAGAGAAGAACAGCCCUUACAGCUAUGGGGUUUUUGAAGAGACGAAUAACCAAACAAAUGGCCGGACAAAGGGCCAAACAAAUGACGAAACAAAUGACCUCCAUGAUAGGGUCGUGGAUCAUCUGAUCAAGCGGUCUUCAUCAAAUCUGUCCCUGAGUAACAUGAUGGGAAGCCCAGUAUACGGUUUAAAAUCGUCCGAGGUUUACGAAGCCGCCACCUGGGCCAACUUACCCAACCCUGACGGAUUGGGCAACGGAUUGGGCCACGCCAGAGGACUCGUAGUCACUCUCUCCAUGAUCCUGUGUCCUGUCUACUGGGUAGCAGAAAGGUUGACCACCCAGUCUUAG